GGAAGGUACGGGAGGAGUGCCAGGCGAGCUCUGCUCAGGGGCACCUCCUGCAUCCUGCCAAUGAGGAUGGGCGUGCAGACUGUGCCCGGGAGCUGAGCCGCCGCCCGCUGGGUGUAGGCUGCUUCAGUAUUUACUGGAUGUGACAAGCAGAGAGAAGAGCUUUCAGCGGGGCUGCUCGCUGCCCGGCUCAAGUGGAGGGAGAACUCCUUAACCUGCAGCCUCUCUGACCAUCCAGUUGGCAAAGACCUGCAGGCCAUGAGGACUGGUCAAAGACAGUGAGAGGACGUGAAAGGGUAAAUCCCUGUGCCCCGCAGUCUUAUCUCCCGCCCUGACGUCCCUGCACACCGGCCAGAGGGUUAACCGUAAGCGCGUGCCUGCAUGGCCGCUUUACUGAUGCCACGCAGGAACAAAGGGAUGAGGACCCGCCUGGGAUGCCUGUCUCACAAGUCAGACUCCUGUAGCGAUUUCACAGCUAUUCUUCCCGACAAGCCCAACCGUGCUCUAAAGAGACUAUCCACAGAAGAAGCCACGAGGUGGGCAGAUUCCUUUGAUGUGCUUCUGUCCCAUAAGUAUGGAGUGGCUGCGUUCCGCGCCUUCUUGAAGACAGAGUUCAGCGAGGAGAACCUGGAAUUCUGGCUGGCCUGUGAGGAGUUCAAGAAGACCAGGUCAACUGCAAAGCUGGUCUCCAAGGCCCAUAGGAUCUUUGAGGAGUUUGUGGACGUGCAGGCUCCGAGGGAGGUAAACAUAGACUUCCAGACCCGAGAAGCCACCAGGAAGAACAUGCAAGAGCCAUCCCUGACUUGCUUUGACCAAGCCCAGGGAAAAGUACACAGCCUCAUGGAGAAAGACUCUUAUCCCAGGUUCCUGAGGUCCAAAAUGUACUUAGAUUUGCUGUCCCAAAGCCAGAGGAGGCUCAGUUAGACCUCAGAUGGGGACUCUUGGAGAUCACUGGCUUUUCCCCCUCCCUCUGCUGCCAAGACCAUAUUCUAAUGUGAAAUGUCAUAGGUGUUCAAAAAGCAAUGGCACUUAGGUUGGGAGCCUGGGGAUGAGAAAUGGAUGAAGGGCCAUUCCAGUCACCAGAGCUUGGACUCUAUUCCAUUUACUCAUGUUUGUGUUCCGGUUAGUGGUAGCACCUUGCUGCUGUUACCCUUCUUCUGGGUCAGCAACUUGCCCUCCAUAAUGCCUUGGGUCAUCUCUGCUGAGAAGGCAGAUUCGCUAUGCUGGGCUAAUGUGUAAAUAAUGCAAAUGCAACUUCCACCACUUCCACACCCUCUUCAGUUAAGAUUCCUGACUCUAACUUGUCCUUUACCCCUGUGAGGAAGAGCCAGAAAACUCUGGCUCAUGCUUGUGAUUUGCUGUCACAGUGUAAUGGCCAGUCCUGGGUGCUGGGGCCUCACAAUGUAGAAGAGAGGUCUCUGGGGAAUCCCAGGUUUCUAGCACUGUCAUUGACAGGUGGCCUCUGGGAGAAGGGGCAAACUCCAUGAAUUUGGCUAUUCCUUUCAUUUCCAUUGGGCCAGUAUGCAAAGCUGUGGUCUCUGCCCAUCUUAGUCUAGGAGAUUCACAAGACUUUUUACCCUUGCAAUUCCAGGGAGGGUCUUGGGAGAUGUCUUUCACGACUUCUGAUGUGGAGCUGCUUUUAAGAAAGAUACAGCUUGCAAAUCUUCCUUGAUUCUACCAAGAAGUAUUGCAGGAGUCAAAUGACCAGGGAACAUAGCACCAGUAGACUUUUGUGCAAUGGAGCACUAUAUAUACUCUUUCUGUUGCUUACUGUAUUCUCUGCCCUCACCUCCCUGUGGCAUCACACAUCACUCAUCUCUUAGAAUGACAGACAGCUUGGCAAAGGGAGGUGAAUUCCCAUAGCAUGGACAGCUCUCAUGGUGCCUAAUACUUUCCUUGUCUCUCCCUGUCCCCCCUUCCAUGCAGGUCAUGUAAUUAUGAUGGGGGAGAAUGGGAACUUAGGCUGUGUAACUCUUCAGCUUGCUUCCUGGGAGCAUGCUUUCUUAGAAAGGUCUCCUUCAUGAAGGCCACCUUGGCUCUUGAGCAACUUCCUUCUUGAUCUCUGACCUUUGGGGAUUGAACAUGAAACAGGAGGUGAGGCUAAGAUCCCUGUUAACAUCUGGCUAUGGAGAAUCUUCCUAAAAUGCUUUCAUGAUGCCCUGAGGCUGCUUUUGGAAAUGUAUCAGGAAACUCUUCCUUGGAGGAUGAGCAUAAAGCACUCUAGCUGCUUUAUGAGAAAGAGUGGAAUUUGGCACAAGUUUGCAGUGCCAGGGAUACGCAUCCUCAGCAGAGAGACCAGAAAGUGGAAGAGGAGUCUGGAAGAGGCUGAUAUCCAGGUGGACCAGAUCAUAGAGAAUGUGAUGGAGGUACAAUUGGGAUAAUUCACAGCCAAUGGAUUUGGAUUCAUUGCAGGUCUCCAAAACUUUCGGCUUGACUAAAGGAAAGAACUAUGAUUAGGCAUAAGCUCUGGGGUUCAGGUGACUGACAAGUGGGCUGAAGCAUUCUCCCCUCGUGGGGUGAUGGGCCUCUAGAUGCACGGGAUUCGAGCGUUUGCAUUCCUGUCCAGUAACUUUGUGAAUCACUUCCUUCCUUGGCUGCAGCUAGACAAGGCCAAGAAGGCUCCUGAGUCCCACUGGUGUCAGGGUCUGUUGCCCUGCCAGACACAUUAUUAUCUGUAGAUGAUGGUUGGUGAGUCUGUCUGAACCAUCAAGGAGAGAGAGAACACAUGCCUCCUAACCCUCACACUGAAGCGUCCUGUGAAGUCUCAUGUUCAAGAACCCUGAAGCCUCAAAUGGGUGUUCCCAGUUAGAUCGGAUAGUAUUCCCCUGUCCCCACUGGUAAAAACCAUUCUUAGCUAAAGCUGCCAGAAUUAAUUUAAUGAUCAAAUUCUCGAACAGGGUAUUUUAAACAUUGUUUACAUAUGAAAUGUGCAUCUGCUGCCAACUCUACUGUCAAAUAUGAGGUGCAUGUAAAUUGGAACAGUUAUGGAAACAUGAAAUGUUUAAGAGGGGCCUUUUUACCACUUUCACUAUCCCCAGGAGAAGUCUGAACCAGAGUGUUGGGCAGUGGCCUCACCCGAGGCCCAGAGUUCUUGCCAACCGUUGGUGGAAUGAAGGCCGCAGAUGGUGGUGUCAUGGCGCCAGGUGACUUCCUCCCACGAUGGGGAGGCGUGAAGGACCGAGCUUGGGUAUCCUGAAUUUUGCCGCUCCGUGAGGGUAUGUGGGCGUGUGUCUGUGUAGAGGAACGUGAUAGCUAUAUUUAUGGUACUCCCGUGGAGUGUGUGUGUGUGUGUGUGUGUGUGUGUGUGACCAUUGUGAGAGUGAGUCCAAUACACCACAGAGAUGGUCUUCCCAUGGGGUAGAGCUGUCCUCACACCCUUCCUGUCCUGCUUCCCACAGAAGGCACAGAGCUCUCUGCUCUGAUGCCUACGUUCAGGCACUUAGGUCAUGCCAACCCAGAUUUUGGUCUGUGAUGAAACAAAGAGAAAUGUUUACAACAUCUAGAGCAAUAUCAAAGCAUACCUCAUCCCCAAUCUUCCAUGUCUCCCGGUCCUACCCUUUCUCCUAUUCCCUCUUCCAUGGGCCCUCGUCCGCCUCACCAGGUGGGCAUCUGCAGGUGCCACUUCUUCCACGUCUGGUCUUCCUUUGGUCCUCAUGCCGGGCUCCUGCUGUGGACAGCCUUCCGGGCUCGAGGCUUGCUUUGAAGACCCAGGGCAAGCCAGGGCGGUAGGCCAGGCAGAGCUGUGAUUUUUAGGACUGCUCUCCACCCCGCAAGCGGCCUUUCGGCCCCACUUGAGUGUCCAACCUGUUUCUGGCUGGCGUGAGAUUACCUGUUGCCUUCGGCAAACCAAAUAAAACAUAAUCAAUGACAACCA